AUGCAUGAAGUAGGUGUAGACUACGAGCAUGAUGAACAAAAUAUCAUAGAUUUAUCCAGUGGGCCAUUAAAAGAUGAAAUUUACGACCACUUUCAUUGGCAUGUCAUCAAAUCUUGCAUAUUAUUUAAUAGUGGGAUAUUUUCAAAGGAAUUAGUAAUCCACAUCCCAAGGCUACUUACAUAUCAAGCUUACGCCUCUGAAGAUUCAAUAUUUGAAGAAGAAGAAGAAGAAGAAGAAGCAAGCAGAUCACUUUAUUUCAUCAUGUCAGGAGAAGUUGAAGUUUACAUCCAACAUCUAAAGCUUGAUAUACAACUUUAG